AUGGAGGAUGAAGUCGUCAAACUCCUUCUCGUGGGAGACGCAAAAUGCGGCAAAACCUACUUUCUCUCGAGACCGUACAUCUUUUCGGUCAAUGUCUCUUCCAAGAGCUACAGGUUCGAGUUCUACGACACUUCUAGCCCCGAGAACUGGCGGCUGCUGGAUCCGGACGUCAUUGUCAUCUGCUACGACAUCAGCCAGCGACUGAGUCUUAUCAACAUGAAGAGAUAUUGGAUCAACGAGGUCAAACAGUCGUUCCCCCGCAUAGACUCCCUACCGGUGGUCGUCAUGGGGCUCAAGAGGGACCUGCGGUCCGAGAAUGAUCCAAACGGCAUCAUAUACCCGCAAGACGCCUAUCGAAUGGCCCAAGAGAUGAGAGCAGAUCGCUAUGUCGAGUGCUCAGCGGUGACGGGCGAGCUCGUGGGGCCGGCGUUUGAAGACAUUUGUAAGACGGCCGUCAAGACGACGACGGAGAAGGGCGGACAGAGCGAGGGCGGGUGCACAAUCAUGUGA